ACUCUUCUAGAUGUGUCACUGUGCCGCCUCUCCCCAAUUGAGAUUCCCAUACUGUCCCACACUGUGCCCUCCUCAUCUCUUCCCAUCACUCUGGUCUGAGGGUCCCAGAGAGUUUCCCUGGUGGUUGCCCAUCUUUAUCUCUCCCUCUGGACUGAGGGCUCCCACGUCCCACCUGGCCUCCCGUACAAUCACGCUGGUCUGAAGGCACCUACCUACCUGCAGCUUUUCAUUCGUUGAUGCUUUUCUUGGGACCCGGCUCAAGAUGCCAGAGCCCACAAAGAAAGAUGAGAUGUCCAAUGGUGAGAAAGAGAGUGUUGCCCCAGACAGUAGUGAGGUGCCAAUGCCCACACCUGAGAUAUCCCUCGAGGUCUCACCUCCACCCCCAGAACAACCGGUAGAGACUGAGGGGAAGGAUCCACAGCCCAUAGAGGUGAUUAAGCCUGUACAGCCAGAACCAGUAGAGAAUGGGUCUAAAGAACCAGAACCAGAGGCGGUUGUGGUCGGGGCUAAAGAGCAAGUCGAGUCUGUGAACUCUGAAGUAAAGGAGGCCCCGUCCCCUUGCUCACCCCCACCGCCUGCAACCGUGAAGGAGGAAGCAGAGCCAGUUGUUACGGAGGUUACACAACCGCCAGAGCCUUUUGUUACAGUGGUUACCCCACCACCACCCCCACCUCAAGAUCCUGUUGUUACAGUGGUUACCCCACCACCACCCCCACCUCCCCCGCAAGAGCCUGUUGUUACAGUGGUUACCCCACCACCACCCCCACCUCCAGAACCAGUUGUUACGGUGCAGGUUACCCCACCCCCACCUCCAGCAGAUAAAGAUGACGCUACAACCAACACCCCAUCACCACCGCCCCCACCAGAGGAUGCCAAUACAGUCAAGAAACUCUCUAUUGAGCUGCCUAAUGAUAGCGUCCAUGUGUCAGCCAUGGGGAGAAAAGACUCAGUGUGGUCUCUGGGAGAGGGACAGGCUCCAGAGGACCUUGACAAGCCCGUAGACACCCCACCGCUGUCCAGCCUGCUCAUAGAAAGACCCCAGGGCGGAUCCAUCACUGUGGGUGGAGACAUCUCCUUUGUUGCCAAGGUGGAGGCCCAAGACCUGCUCCGUAAACCCACCAUCAAGUGGUUCAAAGGGAAAUGGAUGGACCUGGCCAGCAAGACCGGAAAGCACUUGCAACUGAAAGAAACCUUUGACCGACGCACCAAGAUUCACACAUUUGAGAUGCAUAUCAUCAAGGCCAAAGACAACUAUGCUGGAAACUACAGGUGUGAGGUCACCUACAAGGACAAAUUUGACAGCUGUUCCUUUGACCUGGAAGUGAAAGAACUGGAACAGUCACAGAGUGUUGAUAUUCGAUCAGCCUUCAAAAGAAGCAGUGAAGGACACGAGGAUGCAGGGGAUCUUGACUUUAGUGGUCUUCUUAAACAUAGGGAGCCCAAGCAGGAUGAGACGCCUGAAGUGGACGUGUGGGAGAUCCUGAAGUCGGCCAGGCCAGACCAGUACGAGAAGAUCGCCUUUGAGUACGGCAUAACAGACCUGCGGGGUCUGCUCAAGAGGCUGAAGAAGACCAAGAAAGAGGAGAAGAAGAGUGAAGCUUUUGCCAAGAAGUUGGAUCCAGCAUACCAGGUGGACAAAGGAGGGAAGAUCCGCUUAGUGGUGGAUCUUGCAGACCCCACAGUAGAGCUGAAAUGGUACAAGAACGGCCAGGAGAUCCGUCCAACUCCAAAUCAAAGGAAGUUUAUCUUUGAGCAAAAAGGUACACAGCGGAUUAUGGUCAUCAACAACUGCGGCCUGAAUGAUGACGCUGCCUAUUCCGUAGCCGCGGGAGAAGAGAAGUGUACCACAGAGCUGUUUGUCAAAGAGUUACCAGUGAAGAUUACUAAAGAGAUUGAGGCGGUGAAAACGACAGUGAACGAGAGGAUUGAGUUGGCGUGUGAAGUGUCUGAAGAAGGAGCUCAAGUAAAAUGGUGUAAGAACGGCGUGGAGGUCCCGACCGGACCCCGGUCACGCUACCGUGUCAAGUCUGAGGGGCUGAAACACUGGCUAAUCAUUGACGAUGCCUCAAAGGAGGACACUGGAACCUUCUCCCUCAUGGCCUCUGGGGGAACCUCUGAAGCCAAAGUCCAGGUUGAAUUGAAGCCACUGAAGAUUAUUCAGGAUUUGCAGGACAUGACAGUGCUUUUGGGCCAGCCACUGAAGAUGCACUGUGAGAUCUUCCCUGGGAAUGUUCCAGGUCGUUGGUACAGGAACGGACAGUUGAUCCAGUCCAACGACCGCAUCAACAUCCUGCAAAGAGCCAAGAACCACCGAUUAGAAAUUGUGAACAGCACCAUUCACGAUGCCGGGGAUUAUACCUUUGUGCCAGAGGGAUACUCUCAGAGCCUCUGUGCCAAAGUUCAUAUCGUUGAUCCUCCCAGGGUGCACCUGGAGAGCUUGAACUUCCCUGACAACACGGUGACCAUUGUGGCAGGAAAUAAACUCCGUGUGGAGAUCCCCAUCAGUGGAGAACCAGCACCCAGAGUGGUGUGGAUGAAGGGAGAGAGGGUAAUCCUUGACUCGGGCCACCGUGUGCGAGCUGAAACCUUCUCUGACCACACCAGCCUCACCAUCGACAUCGCAGAGAAGGAGGACACAGGAAACUACAAGAUAGUCCUGCAGAACGAGGCUGGGGAAGCAGGGGCUAGCAUCAAAGUCAAGGUGGUGGAUAUCCCAGACCCUCCUGAAGUUCCCCUGGUCACGGAGGUGGGAGGAGACUGGUGCUCUAUGACAUGGGAACCCCCGAUCUAUGACGGAGGCUCACCCAUCUUAGGCUACUUCAUCGAAAGGAAGAAGAAGCAGAGUUCCAGAUGGAUGAGGCUGAACUUUGACCUGAACAAAGAGACCACAUUUGAGCCUAAAAAGAUGAUUGAGGGUGUCCCGUACGAGGUGCGCGUCUUUGCUGUGAAUGCCAUCGGCGUGUCCAAACCCAGCGAGCCAUCCAAAGCCUUUGUGCCGCUGGCUGUGACCAGCGAGCCCACCAUGCUGGUGGUGGAUGAUGUCACAGACACCACGGUGACCAUGAAGUGGCGUCCCCCAGACACCAUCGGAGCUGCAGGCUUAGACGGCUACCUGGUGGAGUAUUGCAUCGAAGGAACUGAUGACUGGAGAGUAACCAAUAAGGAGCUGACAGAGAAGACUAAGUACACCAUCACUGGCCUCCCUCCAGAGGCUAAGAUCCUGGUUAGGGUAAGGGCCAUCAAUGCUGCCGGCGCCAGCACUCCCAGAACACUUCAGCACUCUAUCCUGGUCAAAGAGGUCAUCGAACCACCUAAGAUCCGCAUCCCCCGUCACUUGAGGCAGACGUACACUCGUAAAGUCGGAGAAGCAGUCAAUCUCGUUAUUCCAUUCAUGGGCAAGCCCAGGCCAAAGGUGAGCUGGCUGAAGGAGGGCCAGACGGUGGACCCCACGCAGGUCACUAUCCGCAACACAGACUGUGACAGCAUCAUCUUCAUCCGCAAAGCAGAGAGGAAACACUCUGGGAUGUACGAUAUGAAGGUGGAGGUGGAGAACCACGUGGACACGGCCAUCGUAGACAUCCAGAUAGUAGACCUCCCAGGGCCUCCACAGUGUGUGAAGAUAGAUGAGGUCUGGGGGGGAAACGUGGCUCUGGACUGGACCCCUCCAAAGGACAAUGGCAACGCCGCCAUUACAGGCUACACCAUCCAGAAAGCAGACAAGAAGACCAUGGAGUGGUACACGUGUAUUGAGCACUACCACCGCACCUGCAUCACCAUCACCGAGCUGGUGGUGGGGAACGAGUACUACUUCAGAAUCUACUCUGAGAACAUGGUGGGUCUGAGCGAGGGUGCCACCCAGACCAAGGACAGCGCCCUCAUCGUUAAAGAAGGCAUGCAACUGAAGAACCCCGAGUACAUCGACCACGACUUCAAAGAGCCUCCCAAGUUCACCCAGCCCCUCAUCAACACCUUCGCCAUCGCUGGCUACAACGCCACCCUCAACUGCAGUGUCCGUGCCAACCCACGACCCAAAGUGAUUUGGAUGAAGAAUAAGAUAGCCAUCAUUGACGACCCGCGCUACCGCAUGUUUAGCAACCAAGGGGUCUGCACCCUGGAGAUCCGGAAACCCAGUCCCUACGACGGGGGCAUGUACUCCUGCAAGGCCAUUAAUAACCUGGGUGAUGCACUAGUGGAGUGUAAGCUGGAGGUUAAAGUCCCCACUCAGGAUUAGUGAAUGUAUGUUCUCAUCCAAGGGGGCUUUACCUUCUCUGAGCUCAUGCAGCGUGGAGUGCCUUUACACCUGAUCGAUAAGUACAUGAGCGAGACCAAGGCCGUGGAGCAGCCAGAGAAGUAGUCGGACUGAGCAACCACUGAUACCCCUAGGCUGCCCGGAACCUGUCGUCACACCACUAGUGAUCUGCCUCUCACCAGCAGUCGAGGGAGGGGCUGGAGGGGGAGGGAGGGUUGUACUGGACUUUGGCAUGGCAUGCUGUGUGCGGGUAUGGAGCUAGUUAUCAUAGAACAAGCCAAUUCAUCACCAGCUUUGUGUCAUCUCCUAGUAUUCAAAAGGCUCUGUUUAAGCUCAGUUGCAUGUUGGCAGUGUUUUGGCUGUAGCUUUUUAUUUUAGAUGAGUAGUGCAGGAAAUGUGCAGUAGGACAAACUGUAAUUUCCACCUAUCUGGGCAUGUUUUUGUCUCUGUUGGGAUUGGGAACUGUGUUUGGGGGAGGGAGCUAAAUGUUGAAAUGUAUAAACAAUAUGGCUUGAUGUCUGUAAUGCAAUGACUUGUGAUUAAAGAUUGAACUUCAAAAGAUACAAAUAUUAAAACAUUUCUGAUCAGAUGAUUUACCAUGUGUAUGUAUGUUACCAAUAAAAUUUGAUUUGGGCUUUGAAAAACAGACAGUUAUCCACCUUUUGUUUAAGCCUUACACUGCAUGACGCUGUGCUUUCUCUGCCCAUACUGUACUUCAGGCUUGAGUAUAUUCUUAGCUGUCAGGCCAUCUGCGCAUGCUUUCAUCUUCAAUUUUUUGUUUAUGACUCCUGGAAUAAAAGAAAAACAUGUAACAUA